UCCCAGCUGCGUUGAACAUAACAUGAGGGUGAGAGAAUCCGAAAGACAGGUGGAACUGCAAAAGUUGCCAGCUGGCCAGUCAGUCCGCAUCAAGACAUCAUCGGUGGGACUCUUAGAGGAUUCAUAUAAACUCUGAGGAAGAAAGAGCAUGAUGAAGAGAAUGAUGAAAGGAUGAGAUGCAAGCAUCAAGUGGGGAUGAUCAGGAAUGGGGAGAAGAGAGCCAGAUGUCAUUAUUUCAGAAGAACAUUCUGGGAGGUUUUCUGUGUCACCCAAAAACACACUUUUGAAGCUUCCGGAGUGUCUUUUGGGCUCAAUUUGAUAUCAAGACCAGACUGGGAUUACCGCACAAGGUCUGUUUCAGGAGCUGGAGAUCGUACACGCUGCUGUUUUAUGCACGUGGCAGGGGUUGAUGGGUAGGAUGAGGAGCAUCACACUGCUCUGGGUGCUGUUUUCAAGUUGGACCAUCCAAACACAAGCUCAGAUGAGGAUAUCACCUGAAACGGUUCAACAGUGGGCCGAUGCCUUUGGAAAACAGCUUUUGGCCUUGUCAAACAGAUACUCAGGCGCUCAACUCUUACAGAAGAAAUAUAAAGAUGUGGAGCCCAUAGUCAAGAUGUGGGAAGUGGAUGGUUUAAAGAUGGUUAAGGAAUUUGCUGAAGAAAUGGAGAACAUGCUGGGCAGAAAGAUGAAAUCAGUCAAGAGAAUGGCAGAGACAGUAGAGGAUGCAGAUUUUUAUCAUGAAUAUAAUGCAACAUUAGAGUUUGACUACUACAAUUCCAUGAUGAUUAACACAUUGGAUGAGGAUGGGAGCUAUGUGGCUCUGGGGGGAGAAUUUCCUCUGGAGGAGAAUGAACACUUCAACAAACUGCCUGUCAGUACCCAGCAAAGUGUCAUACAAGUGCCCACCAAUGUCUAUAACAAAGAUCCUGAUAUUCUGAACGGGGUGUUUAUGUCAGAAGCGCUGAAUGACAUAUUUACCAGUAACUCUGAGAAAGACCCGACUCUAACCUGGCAGUACUUCGGCAGUUCAACAGGAUUUUUCAGACUUUACCCUGGUAUCAAGUGGACACCUGAUGAAAAUGGAGUUGUCACUUUUGAUGCCAGGAAUCGCAACUGGUACAUCCAGGCAGCCACGUCCCCCAAAGAUAUUAUCAUCGCUGUGGACAUUAGCGGUAGUAUGAAGGGUUUGAGGCUCACCAUUGCUAAACACACCAUCAACACCAUUCUAGACACACUUGGCGAAAAUGACUUUGUCAACGUCAUUGCGCACAGUGAUUACGUCCGGUAUGUAGAGCCCUGUUUUAAAGGCACACUAGUACAGGCCGACCUGGAUAACCGUGAGCACUUCAAACUUUUGGUGGAGGAGUUGCAAGUGAAAGGUGAAGGAAAGGUGAAGAAAGCCAUAAAAGAGUCCUUCAAGAUUCUCAACGAGGCAGCAGCAGAAGGCAAGGGGAGUUUAUGUAACCAGGCAAUCAUGCUGAUCACUGAUGGAGCCAUGGAAGAUUUCCAGCAGGUGUUUGAAGAGUUCAACUGGCCAGAACGCAAGGUGCGCGUGUUCACAUAUCUGAUUGGACGAGAGUUAACAUUUGCUGGCAAUGUCAAAUGGAUUGCUUGCAACAAUAAAGAUUACUACACUCAUAUCUCUACUCUGGCGGAUGUACAGGAGAAUGUGAUGGAAUAUCUUCAUGUGCUGAGCAGGCCAAUGGUCAUCAACCAUGAUCAUGACAUCAUUUGGACAGAGGCUUACAUGGACAGUGUGCUACCCAAUACAGCUGAGCUUUUUAACACACAGGCUGAGAGUUUGCUGUUGAUGACCUCUGUGGCCAUGCCUGUGUUCAGCAAGAAAGAAGAAACGUUGUCUCAUGGGAUCCUCCUUGGUGUGGUUGGCACGGAUGUCCCUUUGAAAGAGCUCAUGAGAUUGGCUCCUCGAUACAAGCUGGGAGUUCAUGGCUAUGCAUUCUUAAACACUAAUAAUGGCUAUAUACUCUCUCAUCCUGACCUUCGACCUCUGUAUAAAGAUGGUAAGAAGCUGAAGCCAAAGCCGAACUAUAACAGUGUGGAUCUGUCAGAGGUGGAGUGGGAAGAUACAGAAGAUGCAUUGAGAACAGCGAUGGUAAAAGGGGAAAGUGGGACAAUCUCUCUGGACGUCAGAACAACAGUAGAGAAAGGAAAGAGAGUUGUUUUCCUGAAAAAUGAAUAUUUUUACACUACCAUUAAUGAAACUCCAUUCAGUUUUGGAAUUGUACUUACCAAAGGUCAUGGGAAGAAUGUUUUCAUCGGAAAUGUUUCAGCUGAAGAAGGCCUACAUGACCUGACUGCUUCUGAUGUCACUAUUGCUAAUGAAUGGACAUACUGUGAGACUGACAUCGAUCCACAUCACCACAAACUGACACAGUUUCAGGCUGUGGUUCAGUACCUAACUGGAAAAGAACCAGACCUGGAAUGUGAUGAAAGACUUCUGCAGCAGACUCUGUUUGACGCAGUGGUCACAGCUCCUAUGGAAGCCUACUGGACCGCACUGAUGCUCAAUGCCUCCGGUAUUGAUGGGGGUGUGGAGACGGCGUUCCUGGGCACACGCUCUGGCCUCGUGAGAAUGAUCAGAUAUGUCGGCGCAGAGAAACGUGUGGCGAAAAAAUUCUUAUCUCCACCAGAUAAGGAGAAUAUUUUUACUCUGGACCAUUUCCCUGUUUGGUAUCGUCGUGCGGCAGAGAAUCCAUCUGGACGAUUUUUGUAUUAUGUCCCUAUAGAGGACAGCACACAAGUGGAUGGCAGGUUUGUGAUUGCUGUCACGUCUGUUACAGUCUCUGUGAACAAAAAGACAGCAGUUGCUGGAGCCAUUGGUGUACAGAUGACUCUUGAGAUGUUGGAAAAAAGGUUUUGGUCCAUAGUCACACAGGCGAAUGACACAGAUUGUUCAGGUGUAGAUGGGCUUUGUCCCCUAAGCUGUGCCGAUAAUCCGGAUGUUAACUGCUACGUCAUUGACAGUAAUGGCUUCAUCAUCAUCUCUAAGGACAGGACUGAUGUUGGCAGGUUUCUGGGGAAAAUUGAUGGGUCGGUGAUGUCACAGCUCUUGAAAAUGGGCAUGUUCAAAAGAGUGUUACUCUAUGACUAUCAGGCCAUGUGUAAGGUGAAUCCUCACUACGCUAGCGGCGCUCGACCCCUGCUAAGUCCCUUUUAUAAUCUUUUGGCAGCACUGAGAUGGUUCCUGUCGAACUUCCUGUUGUUUUUACCGGACUUCAACAUCUACAGUCUGUGGCACUCAGAUCCCUUUGCGGAGGCCAAGACCUUAUUCCAUGCAUCUAGUAAGAAGUCAAAGGGGGACAUCCUGCAGCCCUGUGACACUGAGUAUACCAGCUUCGUCUAUGAGCCGUCAAUCAAAGAAACCAACAGCAUGAUCAAGUGUGGGAGAUGUCAAAAGAUGUUUGUAAUUAAUCAGAUUCCUGAUAGUAACUUGCUGUUGGUGGUGAUUCAGGCAGACUGUGACUGUUCUCGGCAGUACGCACCCAUCACUAUGGAGCCCAAAGAGGUCAAAUACAAUGCCUCAGUGAAAUGUGACCGCAUGAGAUCUCAGAAGAUACGAAGAAGGCCUGAGUCUUGUCACGCUUACCACCUUCAAGUAAACACAUGCAUACUAGAUGGCUUUGUUAUAUUUCAAAAUAUAUAUUUGUGA